AUGACGACUAACUAUUUAGUGCCAAACACUAAACCGAUUAAUGGAAAUGUGUUUCAUUCAUUCGAAAAGAUAAAUGAAAUAUUCGCAAAGAAUGAUGGUAGAAGAUAUUAUAGAGAACUUGAAAGUUCAUGCUAUGACUCUGAUGCUCCAUAUUUUGAUGAUAAACAAACUCAUUUAAGAAUUACAAAUCCAGCUCAUGAUGUGAACCAAUUAGGUGACACAUAUAUUAAACGCAAAGUUAAAGCAACUCUAGUUUCAAAUAAAGCUUUCACAUGUGAUGCCGCUUUUAAAUGCAUGCGUUUAUUCGUUGGUUACAAAUCAUCAAAUCAAAGCUUUAAACAAUUAGAAGUAGAAACCGAAAGAGGUGAUGCUGGUUAUCUUCAGAUGGAUUGCGCCCGUGAAUCUUUCGCAUUUGCAACAUAUAAACCAAAAUCAGAAAGGAAAGUUAAAAAGUUUGUUCAUUCGUUAUAUAAUAAUGUUCAAAAAAUAUGA